AAAAAAAAAAAAAAGAUUUUGAAUCAAUUAUUGCUUGCAUUACACCUUAUAUUGGAUUAGGUAGAACGCAAAAUAGUUACAUUGAAAGAUAUGAACAAGAAAAGAGGAAAGUGAAUCUACACAUCAAACAUCAUCAUCAUUAUCCUCGAAAACCCAAAAAAACAUCAACAAUGGUAUCCACUGAUUCCGAUUCAUCUCUUCUUCUACCAUCAUCAUCAACAAAAAAACCACCACAAGACAAAUACCAUUUAGCUUACAUAACCUAUUUCAUUCUCGGUUUUGGUUAUUUACUACCUUGGAACGCAUUCAUCACAGCCGUUGAUUAUUUCUCUUACCUUUACCCACAAGCAAGUGUUGAUCGAAUCUUUGCUGUUGUUUAUAUGCUUGUUGGUUUAUUUGGUCUUACAAUUAUUAUUCUUUAUAGACAUAAAUCUCAUGCUUAUGUUAGGAUUAAUUUGGGUCUUGCUCUUUUUGUUGUUUCUUUACUUAUUGUUCCUUUGAUUGAUGUUUUUUAUGUUAAGGGGAGAGUUGGGUUUUAUGGUGGGUUUUAUGUUACUGUUGGGUCGGUUGGGUUGAGUGGUGUUGCUGAUGCUUUGGUUCAAGGUUCUAUUGUUGGAUCUGCUGGUGAAUUGCCUGAGAGGUAUAUGCAAGCUGUCAUUGCUGGCACUGCUGCUUCUGGGGUGCUUGUUUCAUUCCUGAGGAUAUUUACCAAAGCUGUUUACACACAAGAUGUCCACGGUCUGCAAAAGAGUGCAAAUCUCUAUUUUGGUGUAUCAAUUGUGAUUAUGUUCAUUUGCAUGGUUUUGUACAAUCUAGCAGACAAACUUCCCAUUAUGAAGUACUAUGAUGAAGCUAAGAUUCAGGCCGUUGCUGCGGAAGAAGACAACGGUCCUCUGACUGGAUCUGUCUGGAGAUCAACUGUAUGGGAUACCGUGGGAACAAUCAAGUGGUAUGGGUUUGGCAUGGUGAUCAUUUAUGUUGUGACACUUGCAAUAUUUCCCGGUUACAUUACAGAGGAUGUUCACUCUGAACUUCUUAAGGAUUGGUAUCCAAUUCUCCUCAUUACUUGCUUUAAUGUGUUCGACCUUGUUGGAAAAUCACUGACUGCAGUAUACCUUCUAGAGAAUGCAAAAAUCGCUAUAGGCAGUUGCAUAGCUAGACUGUUGUUUUUCCCUCUCUUCUUAGGAUGCUUACACGGUCCGAAAUUCUUCCGGACAGAGAUUCCUGUGACAAUACUGACUUGUAUUUUAGGGCUUACAAAUGGAUAUCUGACGAGUGUGCUGAUGAUUUUGGCACCUAAAACUGUGAAGUUGCAGCAUGCAGAGACUGCAGGGAUUGUGAGUGUCUUGUUCUUAGUUGUUGGUCUGGCUGCUGGGUCUAUUAUAGCUUGGUUUUGGGUCAUAUGAUCUAAAAAUCUGUAUAUAGCUUGAUUUUGGCAUGUAAAAAUCUGUAUUGCGCCUUUAUUCAACCAGAAGUUAAAACUGGGAUUGGUUUCUUUAAUUUAUUUCUUGAACAUGUGAAAAUUUGUAAGUUACCUUUGAAAUGUAUAUAGGAAGAACUCUGUCUCUUUCUUUCCUUAA